CCCCUACAUAUUUUGAAACGGCGCGAAGCGUUUCCCGAGCUCGUUCUUUCUCUCCAUUCCUGCAAACCCUAGUUCUCUGAUAAUCAUGAGGGAAAUCGUUACUGUCCAAGUUGGAGGUUUCGCUAACUUCAUCGGUUCUCACUUCUGGAACUUCCAGGAUGAAAUGCUUGGCUUAGCCUCCGAUCCUUGUGGCGAUCCAGUUUUCAGAACUCGGAGUCUAAACAUGGGUGUUCUCUACCGUACAGGUGAAACGCAUCAGGGGACAAUUACUUAUACUCCUCGUCUUCUCUCAAUUGACUUUCAAGGAUCCCUUGGAUCAGUGAGUUCAAAGGGGACGCUGUAUGGCGAGGGUUCUAGCGCUCCAUCCGAAGUUGUUACUUGGGCAGGAAAUGUUUCUACUGUUGCAUCUGAACCUCAGAAGAAGAAUUUAUUCUUGCAAAGUUUGUAUCAAAACGAGCAGGAUGCUCCUUUGAUGAAUGGUGUCAAUGGUGAUUCUACGGGUUCUCAAAAUGAAAUUCAGGAUACAGAUAUAGUAAGUUCUUUAGAUGAAGAAGUUCAGUUUUGGACAGACUUCUCAAAAGUCCAUUAUCAUCCUCAAAGUUUGUACGAAGUAAAUGGGUUGUGGAUGGAUGCUCAAGAGUUUGACAAUUAUGGAAUUGGGCGAGAUGUAUUCGGGGAGAACUUACGAGGAGAAGAAUUAUGUGACAGGCUUCGUUUCUUUGUGGAAGAGUGUGAUUAUGUCCAGGGUUUUCAAUUCAUUGUUGAUGAUUCAGGAGGUUUCUCUCCAAUGGCUGCCGAUUUUUUAGAAAGUGUUUCUGAUGAAUACACAAACACUCCUGUGUUAUUAUAUGCUGUUAGGGGUCCUAGUUCUGUUGUGAACCUGAGUACCAGGAAGCAGAUGGUUGCGAGAGAUCUUCAUGAUGCAGUAUCUUUCUCAAGAUUAUCAGCUUUCUGUAAAAUGAUUGUGCCAGUUGGUUUACCCUUCUUGAGUAGGAGUAAAGCUUCAACUUUCCUCAACAUUAAAGAUGAUAAUCCUUACCACUGCAGUGCUGUGUAUGCUGCGGCUUUACACUCUACAAGUCUCCCAUUCCGCAUGGAGCCACUUGGUCCUACUGCAGAUUCGUCUGAUGUCUGUGGUGCUGUGGAUAUUAAUGGCAUUGUACAAAUGCUAGCAGCAGGACAAUCUAGACAGAAUAUGGUGGCUAUUCUGGAUGUUGCAAUGCCAGGCCCCAGUUUGGCAGGGAGACGGGAUGAGCAAUCCUUGCUUGCGCAUCUGCAGCCAUUGACUCCAGAGGUUGCAGAGAAUGUGGAUGAUUUGCAGGCUGUGGAAUCAAUGAUUGUGCAUGGAGCAAUUGGGUCAGGAGGUUGUAAUGCGUCAGUUUCUGAAGUUAGGAAUGCGAUCCAUGGUGCAUAUGAAUGUGCAACCACAAGGCCAAUGUUCCACCAUCUAUCAGUGGCCCGUUGUCCUCUCCCAAUUCCUUUGCCAUUCCCUUCAAUCUUUGGUAAUCUUGUUGGUGAGCAUGGUGAGCUGCUGGGAAGUUCAAUCACGGGUUCUACAUCAAGAGGAUCACUUGAUGUUCAUUAUAUCCCCAUGGCUGCUAGAAUGCGAUCCAGCUGUGCUAUCUUGCCAUUUUUGGAGAACAGAUUGGGGAAUCUUCGUAAAUUUGGUAUUGAGCGAGGAUCUCCUGGGACAGAGUUGCUUAGAAGUUGGGGUUUUGGAAAGGAUGAAGUGGAAGAUAUUGGUGAGACAUUGUCUAAAAUGGUUGGGAUAGUCAACCCUCGUUCUGAAAUAUCAUCUGAUUCGGAUUAGGUUCGUAGUGGAUGAGUGUGCAUUUUUCAUGUUUUAUGUCAUGUUUAUGUGGCGUCUCUGAUCAGCUGAACUGCAUCCUGUUUGAGCUAAAAUUUCGAAGAAUUUUUCACACAGUAGACAUGUGAUGGAAAAAACAAUACUUGUGUUAAUGAAAGGGAGAUAAAGUGUUUGCUCCUUACUUGCCAGAGAAAUUACCAGGUAAAAAAAUCAUGGCUUUUGUUAAUCAAUUUUCAGUUGUUUGCUGCCCAUCUAUUCAGUGUUCACCAAUUACUAAAUGUCAUCAGUUUUUUUUUUCUGUAUUAAUGUAUCUACAAUGUUCAGAAAAGUUUUCUAUAACUAACAGUCGAAUCUCUUUUUCUUUAUUCCCCUCUCAUUCAC